AUGGGAUUGAAUGAAGAACACUCUACUACAGUAGCCAAAAUUGUGGCGGAGGAGCUGGGCGAGGAGAUGGAGGCGUGGCUGGCGGCCUCGGGAGUGUCGCCUGACGCCACCGUGCGCGCCGUGAUUGCACCCCAUGCAGGCUUUCGUUACUCAGGCCGAUGUGCGGCCUAUGCCUUCGCGCACAUGCAUGCACCAUCCAUUCGUCGCAUCUUCCUGCUGGGCCCAUCUCACCACCACUACACACGCAAGUGUGUGCUGCCUCGAUCCACCUCCUUCCACACACCUCUCGGCGCCCUACCUAUUGACAUGCAAGUGGUGGAGGAACUGAAGGCGACGGGCGAGUUUGAGGAGAUGGGGCGGCAUGUGGACGAGGCAGAGCACUCCCUUGAGAUGCACGCUCCCUUCCUCGCCCACAUGUGCAAAGAUCACAAUGUGUCGCUGGUGCCAAUAAUGGUGGGAUCGCUGGAUGCAGCAGCAGAGGCCCGAUACGGCAGCAUUUUGUCCCGAUACUUCUCAGAUUCUUCCAACUUCUUCUCGAUCUCGUCUGACUUCUGCCACUGGGGCUCCAGGUUCCGCUUCACGCCAUACGACAAGGCGCACGGCCCCAUCCACAAGGCCAUAGAGGCCAUGGACCGCGAGGGCAUGGCGGCCAUUGAGGGGGGAGGGGCCAAGGCGUUUCGUGACUAUAUCGAGCGCACGGGGAACACUGUGUGUGGGAGGCACCCCAUUGGUGUGCUGCUGCAGGUGUGGAGGGAGAGGGGUUGGAUGGGGUGGAAGGUUGCUGGGCUGGAUGGAAGGGUGGAAGGAGGUGGAUUGGGCUGGGUCGACGGAUGUUGGGCUGGGUCGAGGGGUGUUGGGCUGGGUCGAGGGGUUCUCCCGGUGUUUUCCCCUUCCACUACUCAUUCUCCCUUCUCCGCACCACACUCCCCCCUCCGCUCCCCUUCACCCCCACAGAUGGCGGAGCUAUGUCCCUCGCCCCCAUCCAUCCGCUUUGUGCAGUACGAGCAGUCCAGCCACUGCCACUCCAUGCGCGACUCUAGCGUCAGCUACGCCUCGGCUGUGCUCACACUCACCCCGCCCUCCACCUAG